UGAUUAGUACAAUUCACUUUGCUCUAAGUCGCUCAACCGACUUCACCGAAUUGAACCUUCGCAGCCAGCACCUUCAAACGAAACUACUACGAGGAACGAUCCCAAUCUCCACUCCACCUCGGACAACCUACGAUCUACAUCAUCUGCCCGACCAUACCCCCCUCUUUCGGCAACCUACGAUCGAUUGAUUUAGGGAAGAACAACCAAACAUAAGAGGAAGGGAAAAAAGAGUAAUAGGGAGGUCUAGAUAAAAGACAACUCCCCUCAUCAAACCUCAAUUCCUACAACCAACCAACCCCAAACCGAUACCAUGCCCGCCGUCCGACCAAACGCUGCCGUGCGGGCUACGCGCGCCCUACAGAAGCAACAAUCAUCCACACCAAUCCGAACUUUCUCAGCGACAUCUCGAGCGCCCGCUUCCCACGGUCCGCAAUACGACCCCCCGACCGGUUGGUUGUUCGGCGUCAAGCCCGGCGAGAAGUACCAGAAGGAAGGCUGGGAGGGCCCAUUCAUCUACGGUUUCUGCGGUAGCAUUCUCGUAGCUGCUAUCGCUUACGGAUUCAAGCCUGAUACCUCUAUACAAACGUGGGCUCUAGAAGAAGCGCGACGAAGGUUAGAGGCCGAAGGUAUUCUCGAAGACCCCGAGAAGAAAUAGUGAUGAUGGAUAGAUAAACCUUCACACCUACACAACCAUAGAGAAUGAUCCACAGGAAUGGAAUUCUGGUACAAAUAACAGGAUCGAGAUUUGUCACCUUGUACAUGAAACACAUCCCCGGCUUUCCUUGCUUUUUAUUUUACACUUCCGUCCAUCUUGGCGGAGGGAUCAGCUUCGAUUAGAGAAACCCCAUCAUCAUAGACGGAUCGCCUCCAAGCUGGUGAGGCGGCUUAACUACUACCUACAUACAAGCUGCAAUUGAAUUUUGUGUACCACGCGUUAUGAUACCCUUCCCAUUGGGAUGUUAUCGGUCUUUAU